AUGCUGAAUGGUUCCGGACGGCUGUGCCUCAGGCCUUUUCGGGGGACAGUGCUCCACCCUCGCAUGCUCUGGGCGAGGGCAGCGCACUCCGGGCCGGAAGACGCCCUGCUGUCCUCCCCCCGCCUCAACAAGACGCGGCUGAUGCAGGAGAAGGUGGCAAACCUCCGCCAGACCUGCCUGAGGGUGGGCCUCCCCGCUUCGGGCACCAAGCCGCAGAUCGUGGAGCGCCUUCUGGACCUGCACCGGGCCGCCAAGCACUCGGGCAGCCCCAGCGUGCGCCGCAAUGUGAGCUGCCUGGGCGUGCGCUGGGGCCCCGACGCCUCGUACCUGGUGGACUGCGGGGAGGGCAGCGCCGCACAGCUCCACGCCGCGCGCUGGGACCUGGCAUCGGUCCGGGCCAUCAUGAUUACCCACGCCCAUGGCGACCACUGCUUCGGCCUGCCCGGGGUCCUCCAGGCGGUGGAUGAGGCGCGGCGGAGGUCCGGGCGCAACGUCGGCGCCCCGCUGGUCGUGGUGGGCCCUCUGGAGCUGCACCGCAUGCUGGACUGCGCCGCGCGGCGUGGCACGCUGCACGCCCCCGCCACCGCGCUCUCCUUCCCGCCGGAUCAGGCCCCCGCGCUGGCGCCGCAGCGCCUGGCCGACUGGCAGGCCGCGUACGAGGCCGGAGACGAGCGCGUAGUGCAAGUGGGGCUGACCUGGACGCUGGAGCUGCCGGGCGGCGCGUCGGCUGCCGCCGCGCAGCUGCUGCACCGCGUCCCCUGCUGGGGAUACGUGUUGCGGGAGCGCAGCGCGCUGGCGGCCCGCGAGGGCCCUGGGGAGGGGGCGGCCGCGGGGUUGGCACCCGCCGAGGGCUCCGGGCCCGGCCCCACGCCCCUUAACACCCCGGGCGUUGUGCGGCCGGGCAGGAAGCUGGUCCUCCUGGGGGACACGGCCGAGUCGACGGCCAUCGCCACCCUGGCGAGGGGCGCGGACCUCGUGUCGCACGAGGCCACCUUCUGCGCCCGCAUGCAGAGCAAGGCCCGCAUCGCCACGCACUCCACCGCACUGGAGGCCGGCCGCUUCGCCGCGCAGAUGGCGCGUGGCAUUCCAAGGACUGCGGCUCGGGCCCUGAGAGGGGGGCUGGCCAGGAAGGAUCGCUGCAUGAGGACCAGUGCAGCGCCUAAGCCUGCCAGCCUCCCAGUUCUGGGGCGGGACAUCAAAGUGGAGAUUAAAACGGUGCAGACUGCCUCCAGACCCAUCCGCAUGGUGGUUCCGGAUGUCGACCAGGUCAUGGAGUACUAUCUGUCCUCUGGCCAGGACUCCAGGGACCCCUACUGGUGUGCGGUCUGGCCCUCCGCGGUGGCGAUGAGCGACCACCUGACGGGCAUGGAUCUCCGCCAGCUCAGCGUGCUGGAGAUGGGGUGCGGCCUGGGCCUCGCCGGCAUAUCAGCGGCCCUGCAUGGCGCGGCCUCGGUCAGGCUGUACGACCAGGAGCCUCUGGCGCUGCAGUGCGCCCUCCUCAGUGCCCAGCUCAAUGGCGUGCCGGUGGUGCAGCAGGAUCCCGGCCCCCCAUCCAUCGAGCUGAUGCCAGACUCUUGGUGGGACUGCCUCGGGGAAGGUCCCCCGAGGCCAGCCGCGGAGGGGUGUACCCCGGUGUGUGCCGCGCAGUAUGACUGGAACUCCGGGCUGGGUUUGGCCCCCGCAGAUCUGGUGCUGGCAUGCGACGUCCUCUAUGACUCAGCCUUUGUCGAGCCGCUGGCGCGCCUGCUUCCAAAGCUUCUGGCGCGCCCGGGCAGCAGGCUCGUGCUCACCGACCCGACCAAGCGCACACCGGGCCACCGCCGGCAGCUGCUGGAGCGGCUGACGGGCCCCGGCGCUGACCUGGCGCUCAUGCAGCGGACGGAGGUGGAGGCCCUGGCGGGAGACCCGCCGGCCUCAGACGUCCAGGUCCUUGUGUUGCAAGCCAGGCAGCCGGGGGACACCCUGGGAGUGCCACUGGACGACUGA